AUGAGCGGCGUCGAGGCUCCGUCUUUAAAUUUAUUGCAAGCAGAGGGGCCGGCGGAACUUCUCCAUCGUAUUGACGAGCUUCGCAACCUGGGAUUCCAACAUCGAAUAUGCCUUCCACAAAUUGCCAUUUGCGGCAAUCGGGGCUGCGGCAAGACAUCGGUAUUCCAAUCCAUCACGGGUAUUCAGCUCCCCGUCAGCAGCCACGGUCAUACUCGCUUCGCGACCGAGGUAAUAUUUCGAAGGUCCGCCGAAGUCUACACCCAUACAAGCAUCCGGCCCGCCCUCGAUGCGAACCCUGAGCAUCGGCGCAAGUUGGCAGCAUUUUCCAGUUCGGAUAACUGGCUCGAAGAUAUUCCAAAUAUCUUUAUGGAAGCAGAAAAUUAUAUGAAUUUAACAACUGACGCGCAGUACUCGCAAGAUGUGUUACAAUUGGAGGUUUCUGGCCCCUCCCUUCCCGACCUGACCGUUAUCGAUCUUCCCGGCCUUUUGCCGGACUUCGAAGGCAAUCAGCAGGAAGAAGAUGUAAUAAAAGCCAGGGAGUUGACAGAAUCUUACAUUAAUAAUCCUCGGAGCAUUGUUCUUGUCGUGGUUUCUGCUGACACCCCCCUUGCUCAGCAAUCCGUCCUCCGGCUAGCAGAGCCCUGCGCCUCAAGGUCAAUGGGUAUUGUUACGAAACUGGAUACACUUAGUCCAGACUCCGUCAGUUUAACUGACUUCUAUGCACGCGUGAAAUGUCAAGAUGCACGACUGCACCUUGGCUGGCAUGCUCUCAAGAAUAUUGACACCAGGUACAAAGAUUCUCUGGGACUGGAUCGUGACGACACAGAGAGUCUUUUUUUUAGUAGCUCUGCACCCUGGAAGGCACUCUCACCGAAUGCAAUUGGCAUUGACUCCCUCAGAGAUCGACUAAAUAAGGUAUUAUUAGGCCAAGUUGAGUUGCAACUUUCAAUGUUAGCCUCCGAAAUUCAAAAAGAUUUAGAAGUUCAUAGAAAAUCACUACAAAAGCUGGGUCCAGAAAUGCCAACUAUGGCAGAGCGUCGAUUAUAUAUGACAAAUAUAGGUGAAACGGUGCAGAGGCUUGCGCGAGAGGCGACGCUUGGACAGUACCAUGAUCCAUAUUUCCGAUCCAACUCAAACAGAUCAAUAAAACGACUCCGUUCCGUUGUUCGAAGAUGGGCGGAAGAUUUCGCUACCGAUCUUAGACAAAGAGGCCACAGUCAUCAUAUAUAUGAUGGUGUUAUCGGAGGUGUCGCCUCAUCUGCAGGUUUCCCCGAUGAUCCCCAACCCAUACCGAGAUCCGAAUAUAUAGGAAGCGUACUUGAGCUUUUAAAGUCAGGAAAUAUUCGAGGAAUGUCCGGCUCCGCGAAUGUUCAAAUUGUAGGCGAGUUAUUCAUUCGCUAUUCAUCAAAAUGGGAGAAGAUAACGAAAGCCCACAUCUCGGAGAUCUGGAAAAAAGUGAAACAGUUUUUAGAUGGCCUUCUGCAUCACAUUGCUGGGUUCGGGAUUGGCGAAGCUGUCAUGCGAGAAAUUAUCAAUCGGGAAAUGGAAGAGAAAUUGCGCAAAACAAAUGCGAAGGUGGACGAGCUGCUUUUACCCUAUAAAAAACUGAUACCCGUUACGCUGAACCAACAGCUGAGUUUACGGAUUCGGCACAUCCGACGACGCAACUCCGAACAAUCUAACAGCGCCUCGAGCGAUGUGGAUAUCGCACUUUGCAAUGAGAUACUUGAUUGUAUGCAGGCGUACUAUUCGGUUGCGCUUGGUGUUUUCCUCGAUAAUGUUGCUGGAUUGGCCGUUGAAAACUGUCUUUUAGAUGGAAUUGAAAAUCUCCUUUCGCCUACGCGGAUCUUGCAAAUGUCAGACAAUGAGCUUGAGCGUCUUGCUGCCGAUUCUAAAGAGCUGAGAAGCGCCAGGGCCGCAGUUGCAAGAAAAGUUAGGGUGUUUGAAGUUGCAGCCGCUGCUUGCACACGCUGUCAAAUGGCUGCCUUAGAAUCGUCAUCACAGAAUUACGAUACGUUACCGGAAGAUCAUGUCACUCGGUCCAACACAUCUGCCUCUAAUUCCUCGUCUUUGGCAGAAUCGUAUUCCCUAUCAGAGUCUUACGGCCUGGCACACUCAGAUAGUAUGAAACAUAAGCGAACGGCUAGUGCAUUCUCUUCUCGCGCGUUCCCGGUGCCAGCUCGAGCACUAGACUCACCCUUCAGCCCAAGCUGGAAGCCUUCUUUCUCAGCUGGCUCUUCCCAAUCAUCUCCAAGGAGGUCCUCAUCUGUUGAAUCAGACGAACUCUCAGCUUCGCGCUCACCCCUGACGAGCCGGAAACCCACAAAUGACCCUAAUACAUAUUCAAUUCAGAUAUCUCCCACGAAAGCACCUGCCCCUGAACUUCCGUAUCCCUCUGUCCCUGGUGCUACCCGCAUGUAUUCGCAUGGCCGUGCCCUAUCAGUGGACAAACUCAUGCCGAUCAAUCGCGAACUGCUGAGUCCUAUAGGGCUUGCGCCUGAAGGGGGCCGGCAUAACCGUACUCUAUCUGCAGAGCGCAUGAUGCCACCGCUCCCCGAAACAAUGGCUUUCAGUUGUCGACAUUCUCGGGCUUUAUCAGCCGGAAAAGCGACAGGCCUCCCGGACCCACCGCCAAAAAACCCCGCUAGAACGCUCUCACUUUCUAUGCUUACUGGACUGAAAAGCAGUGGGCUGCACGCAUCGCGAAAACGCAUAUCCAAGAUAAAACCAACAGUUGAUGAAAAGCCUUUGUUGAUCUCGUCUCCAUUCAACUUUCACCACCAUGGCUCGGUACCAACAUCUACAGACACACUGCCUAACAGUGGGACAUCCCUUACAAAGAUCGAAAAAUAG